GCAAUUUACUUCAGGUAGUACAGGGUCACAGAAUGAUUACAUCACUGGAGCAUCAUAACUGGAAUUACCCAUCUCCAACAGUAUCCGAAUGUAAUUUAGUUCACUGAUGUAAUUAUUGAAAUAAAUUUGAGAAAACGAGUAAAAGAAAUAAUUAGAGAGUAUCUGGGGAAAAUUCAUUGGGAGGAGAGUGUGAUGAAGCAGACUGACACUAUUUGCAUUUGCGUGGGUUAGAAUAAUUAAAUUGGUUAAUGGGUGAGCUCAAGUGAGCUGUAUGGUCUGAAAUCUUUGACGGUGCUGUUUUUGUCGGGUUGUGUGGCAAGAUUCAGCUUGUAUCUUUUGGAUGCAUUUCUGGGGAAAUCCUGCUGCAGCUUAUUUGAUUGCCACAGCUAUCGGCUGUGGAAGGUGAGGACUGUUGGGCUUGGAUUGGAAGCAACGAUCUGUUAGUGAAAAUGAAAGCCAGAGGAGCAGCGCUGGUUGCGGUUGCGGCCUCAAUCGGGAACAUGCUGCAAGGAUGGGACAACGCCACUAUAGCAGGCGCUGUGCUGUAUAUUAAAAAAGAAUUUGCUCUGGGCACUACUAUGGAAGGCCUUGUUGUGGCUAUGUCAUUGAUUGGGGCCACAAUCUUUACCUCGUUCGCUGGAACAGUAUCAGAUUGGAUUGGACGGCGGACCUUGUUGAUCAUAUCAUCUGUGCUGUACAGUGUAAGUGCACUGGUGAUGUUUUGGUCUCCAAAUGUGUAUGUAUUGCUUCUAGCCCGGCUCUUGGACGGCUUUGGGAUUGGAUUGGCCCUUACCCUUGUGCCGGCUUAUAUAUCUGAGAUUGCGCCUUCAGAUACACGCGGAACAUUGAAUACUUUUCCACAGAUGACUGGUUCCACUGGAAUGUUCUUGUCAUACUGUAUGGUUUUCGGGAUGUCAUUGAUGGAGAGCCCAAACUGGAGAUUAAUGUUGGCUGUCUUGUUCAUUCCAUCCAUUGUGUAUGUGGUUUUGACCAUUUUUUACCUACCUGAGUCUCCAAGGUGGCUUGUUAGCAAAGGGCGAAUGCGAGAGGCAAAGCAAGUGUUGCAGGAAUUGCGGGGCAAGGAAGAUGUAUCAGGGGAAAUGGCACUUCUGGUUGAAGGUUUAGGAGUAGGAGGUGAAACAUCUCUAGAAGAAUAUCUAAUUCAGCCGGCUGAUGCUCUAGGGGAUGAGUAUGAACCGGUUUCAGAAAAUGGUAACAUCAAACUGUAUGGGCCAGAAGAGGGUCUUUCUUGGAUUGCCAAGCCAAUCACAAAUGAAACUGGAACUCAGAGUUUCCUCUCAAGGCAUGGCAGUGUGGAAACGCAGAGUGUACCCCUUAUGGAUCCUGUGGUCACUCUCUUUGGUAGUCUUCGCAAUGUCACUCUACCUGAGGGUGGGAGCAUGCGCAGCAUGCGCAGUACAGCCCUUCCUGAGCUUGGGAGUAUGUGGAAUGCAGCAGAAGAAAGACAUGCAGAUGAUGGGAAAAAUGAUCAGUGGGAUGAAGAGAGCGUGCAAAGGGAUAAUACUGGUGAAGGGUACGAAUCUGAUGAUGCAACAGGUGAUCUUGAUGAAAAUCUUCAUAGUCCUCUACUGUCUAGACACACUAGUUCCAGAGAAGUUAAGGAGCUUUUGCCACCUGUUCCUCAUGGUAGUACACUGAGCAUGCGUCGUCAUAGUAGUCUUAUGAGUGGACAUCAUGGUAGCAUCGCAGAGUCAUUUGGCAGUACGGGUAUUGGAGGUGGCUGGCAGUUAGCCUGGCGUUGGACUGGUGCUGAAGGAAGAGAAGCCAAACCUGAGGAGGGGAAGUUCAAAAGAAUUUAUCUACAUCAGGAAGGUGGAACCCAAUCUCAACGGGCUUCUAUGAUGUCAUUACCAAGUGUUAGCUUUCAAGGUGAGAUGGAGCCCAUCCAAGCAGCAGCCUUGGUAAGUCAACCAGCACUGUUUUCGAAAGAGCUGCUGGCUGAACAUCCAGUAGGACCUGCUAUGGUACAUCCUUCAGAAACAGCUGUCAAAGGUCCAAAAUGGACUGAUCUUCUUGAGCCAGGGGUUAAGCGUGCUCUGAUAAUGGGAAUUACGCUUCAACUUCUUGAGCAGUUUGCUGGUAUAAAUGGAGUCCUAUAUUAUACACCCCAAAUUCUAGAGAAGGCUGGUGCAUAUGUUAUCUUUGCCGACAUUGGCAUAAGUGAUGACUCAUCAUCUGUUUUAAUCAGUGGAAUUGCGACUUUGCUUAUGCUUCCAUGUAUUUUAGUUGCCAUGCGGCUUAUGGAUACAGCUGGCAGAAGGACGCUCCUACUUAAAACUGUGCCUAUUUUGAUCGUAUCACUUGUGGUUUUGGUGAUAGUGAAUUGUAUUUCUAUGGGUGAUGUACCUUUAGCCAUCAUGUCUUGUCUCUGUGUCGUCUUUUACAUUUGCUUCUUUGUCAUGGGGUUUGGGCCAAUACCAAAUAUCCUCUGUGCAGAAAUAUUUCCAACCCGUGUACGGGGUGUGUGUAUAGCAUUAUGUUCGUUGGCCUUUUGGUUUGGAGACAUCAUUGUAACUUACUCUCUUCCGACAUUAUUGUCCUCAGUUGGCCUCAAAGGUGUAUUUGGCAUUUAUGCAGCUGUAUGCUGCAUAGCUUGGGUAUUUAUAUUCUUAAAAGUUCCAGAGACAAAGGGAAUGCCACUGGAAGUUAUAACUGAGUUCUUCGCCAUGUCUCAAGUGGAGACACAACAUGUAAAAGGCCAGGAUUAAUGUGAAGCCUUUAGUUUUUGAUAUGAAGAUCCUCAGGAUGGAGCAAUCCAUGCCUCCCAUAGGCAUUAUUGGAUUGUUAGCCAGCUGGAACUAUAAUGUUGUCAUAUAAUGGGUACUUUAAAGUUUAGAGGGAGAGACAGGCACAACAGUGAAGAGUAACCAGCUUUUUGAUUGAACCAAGGUUGAAUUUCAAUAAUGCCCAUGAUUCAAAUUCUUCCUUUCUACCAGGUUUAUGUAGACCGAAGGAGACCGAAAAAGUUGUUUGGGCCUAUAAUCUGGCCCUAUUUUUUCUUUAGAAGAGUAUUUGCUUAAACAGAGAGUGAUGUUUUUUUCCCUGCUUGGUUUCUUGCAAUGAGUUUACAAUGCUUGAGAAGAUAACUGCCAGUGCACUUAGCUAGCAGAAAUUCUAUAAUUCCUCUGACAGCUAUUUCUAGUGCUUAAAUGUCGUGACAAUGUAACCUCAAUAACAUAAAGUACAUCUUGAGCAUUUAUGCGCCUAGUUGAAGGGUUUUGCCUGUAA